UCCUCACCUGCCCAUCCAACUUGGGCAUGGGGCUGCGGGCAGGUGUGCAUAUUAAGCUGCCCCACCUGGGCAAGCAUGAGAAAUUCUCCGAGGUGCUUAAGCGGCUGCGACCUCAGAAGCGAGGCACAGACGGUGUGGACACAGCUGCAGUAGGCAGGGUCUUCGACGUCUCCAACGCUGACCGCCUGGGCUUCUCAGAGGUGGAGCUGGUGCAGAUGGUGGUGGAUGGAGUGAAGCUGCUCAUCGAGAUGGAGCAGCGGCUGGAACAGGGCCAGGCCAUCGAUGACCUCAUGCCUGCCCAGAAGUGAAGCCUGGUGCACACCCGACACCAGCCCUGCUGCUUCCUAACUUUUUGCCUGGGCAGUGCCCACCAUGCACCCCUGAUGUUCGCCGCCUGGUGAGCCCUUAGCCUUGCUGUAGAGACUUCAUCACCCUCGGUAGUGUUUAUUUUUUUGAUGGCUAAGAUACUGCUGAUGCUGAAAUAAACUACGGUUUUGGCCUGCCAAAA